UCCCCACUCAGCAACGGAGCAGAGAUGUGGAGGCAGCUGAUCGUACGCAAGCCCAGUUGUGAUGUCCGGAACCUGCUGGAUCUGCUCCUGACCCACCUGAAGGAGAGACCCAUCACCAAGAAGGGCCGGGGUUCCUUGGUGCCCCUGGCGGCAGCCAGUGGCCUGUGUGAGCUCCUGUCCAUCAACAGCUGCGUGGGCCGCGUGAGGCGCAUCUACCCGCAGCUGCUCCUGGCCCUGCUCAUUCAGGUCCAUUACCACAUCGACCUCAAUGUGCCUGUCCCCGGGGCUCCUCACAAGGGUGCCAGGAGUGACCCGCAGCCUCCUGUCUUCGUACCUGUGCGCUGGGUGGUGAAGGUGGUGAAAACCUUGCUGCUAAGGAUGGGCUGCUCUUACGAGGCUAUGCUUCUGGAAGAUCAAGGCGGCUGGGAGCUCAUGAGCCAGGCAGAAAAUCACCACCGAGGGGUGUCUCUGCUGGCCAGGGCCAUGGUACACUACUCCUGCCAGGAGCUGUGCCGCAUCCUCUACCUGCUCGUGCCACUUCUGGAGCGAGGCGACGAGAGACACAAGAUUACCGCCACGGCCUUUUUCGUGGAGCUCUUCCAAAUGGAGCAAGUGCAUCGCAUCCCCGAGAAAUACUCCCUGGGGAGGAUGGUGGGAGGCCUGGACCACCAAGACCCUGUCAUGAAGAUGCUGUCCAUCCGUGGCCUGGUGAUCCUGGCCCACAGGUCUGACAAGAUGGCCAAGGUGCAGGCUCUCCUGCCCUCCAUGGUGAAGAGUCUGGAAGGCAUGGAUGGCGCUCUGGUGGUGGAGGCGGUACACAACCUCAAAACCAUCUUCAAGGGGCAGGGCCGGAAGCAGGCGGACAGCUCGGCCUACCUGGAGAUGCUGCGGAUCCUGCAGCCUCACUUCAGUGACGCAAGAGAGGAGGUGCGCUAUUCCUGCAUCCAUCUAUACGGCAAGGUGGUCCAGAAGCUUCCGGCGCCCCCAACACAGUCCAUGACGGAGCAGCUGACCAGUACCCUGGUACCCCUGCUGCUGAUCAUGCAGGAAGGCAACGCCAAGGUGGGCCAGAAAUGCGCAAAGACCCUGUUCUGUUGUUCCUGUUUCAUGUCCUGGGAGCUGCCGAAGAAAGCUUACAGCCAGAAGCCCUGGGACAACCAGCCGCAGACCGCGGGCAAAAUCUGCAAGUACCUCAUGGACUGUCACAGAGACAGUGCCUUCACGUUCCUCAGCCAGAGCCUGGAGUACUCCAAAAGCUCACGGGCCGCCCUCCGGAAAUGCUGUGCCAUCUUCAUAGGGUAUAUGGUCCCAUGCAUGGACACCAUCAUGACGGAGGACCAGAUGAACGAAGUGAAGUCUGCCCUGGAGAACCUGAGGCAUGAUCCAGAAGCUCUGGUAUGCAUCUGUGCGGCGCAGGCCCAGGAGCUCAUCCUGGCCAGUUGCUGGAGGAACUCUUCACCGCUGCCACUCGGGGACUUGUACGUGUGUGACCCAUCCACCACGCACCGUUGGAGCCCCAGCUGCGAGACCUUGCCCAGUUCCCACCAGAGGCGCUCUUGGGUCACGCAGGCGCUGCGAGCCUGGAAGAUGUCCUUGAAGCAGUGA